AGGACAUGAGGAGGUGAAGACAGAGAGGACGUGAGGAGGUGAAGACUGAGAGCUCAGAGCUGCUGGACCUGCAUCAACUAACAGAGCCUUUCUGAUCACAUCAGCACAGUUUGAUUUAAAGUUGUUCAUUAAUAAACAAACUCAAAGUCAGAAAGAUGCAGAAGAGAACAGAUGAAGACAUAACAGCAGGAUAUGUUGCUGGAGGAGUAGGAGCAGUACUAGGAAUAGGACUCCUGCUCCUUGCAGCUCCGUUCACUGGGGGGGUUAGUUUAGCAGCAGUAGUAGCAGGAGUGUUAGCAGUAGCAGGAGGAGCAGUAGCAGGAGGAGCAGUAGCAGUAAGAAUAGAAGCAGCAGUAGGAUUAGGAAACCAGCUCCUUAAAGGUCUGGUUGCUCGGAAGGCUGGUUUAGCAAAAGUAGUAUUAUCAUUAUUAUUAUUCGUAAGACCGAUAGAAGAAUUAGCAGUAGGAAUAGGAGUAAGAGGAUUAGGAGCAGCAGCAGGAGGAAUAGGAGCAGUAAUAGGAAUAAGACUCCUGGUCCUUGCAGGUCCGUUCACUGAGGGGGAUAGUUUAGCAGCAGGAGCGUUAGCAGUAGCAGGAGGAGCAGCUGCAGCAGGAGGAGCAGUAGUAGGAAUAGGACUACUGGUCCUUAAAGCUCUGUUCACUGAGGGGGCUAGUUUAGCAGCAGGAGCACUAGCAGUAGCAGCAGGAGCAGCUGCAGCAGGAGGAGCAGUAGUAGGAAUAGGACUCCUGGUCCUUGCAGGUCUGUUGACUGGGGAGGCUAAUUUAGCAGCAGUAGGAGCAUUAGUAGUAGCAGGAGGAGCAGCAUCAGGUGGAGAAGGAGCAGUAGUAGGAAUAGGACUCAUGGUCCUUGCAGCUCUGUUGACUGGGGGGGUUAGUUUAGCAGCAGUAAUAGCAGGAGCAUUAGCAGUAGCAGGAGGAGCAGUAGCAGGAGGAGUAGGAGUAGGAGCAGUAGUAGGAAUAGGACUCCUGGUCUUUGCAGCUAAAUUCACUAAGAGGGUUAGUUCAGCAGCAGCAGUAGCAGGAGGAGCAGUAGCAGGAGGAGCAAUAGCAGGAGGAGUAGGAGCUGUAGUAGGAGUAGGAAUAGGACUCCUUGACCUUGCAGCUCCAUUCACUGGGGGGGUUAAUUUAGCAGCAAUAGGAGCAGGAGCGUUAGCAGUAGCAGGAGUAGUAGGAGCAGGAGGAGCAGUAGCAGCAAAAGACGCAGUAGUAGCAGCAAAAGACGCAGUAGUAGCAGCAGCAGCAGUAGCAGGAGGAGCAGCAGUAGCAGGAGGAGUAGGAGCAGUAGUAGGAAUAGGACUCAUGGCCCUUGCAGCUCCGUACACUGGGGGGGUUAGUUUAGUAGCAGUAAGAGUGUUAGCAGUAGCAGGAGGAGUAGUAGCAGGAGGAGCAGCUAUAGCAGGAGGAGCAAUAUUAGGAAUAGGACUGCUGGUCCUUGCAGCUCUGUUCACUGGGGGGGUUAGUUUAGCAGCAGCAGCAGCGAUAGCAGUAGCAGGAGGAGCUUUAGCAGGAGCAGCAGCAGGAAGAAGAUGA